AUGCGCAGGGCCGCCGUCAUCCUGUCAAUCAGGCCCACCAACAGGGCUGCCAAUAAACAUCUUACAAGGUUUGUCUACGACAAGGACUACCUGAAGAAGGAGAGGUACGGCGAUAUGAACCCCUCGAUCGACGCAAAAACCCCAUGCUAUCACAGCACCGGAGAACAGUACCAACAGCACCGGCAUAGUCCUCAGACGGGCAUACUCCUUCGGGAACAAGAUGGCACCAUCGGAUGCCUCGACUUUUUUCUUGAUGCGGGCGUACUCCCAGUCGAGAAAUUUGCCAGUGACGGUGCUGCCGACGAUCAUGCCGAAUCCCGUAGGCAAAUAGCACAAGCCGAGGGCGGUUUCAGACAACCACGGGUACACUUUGGCAAAGGAAGAGGCCACUGUCGUCACAACGGUGUUGUUGACAGCGUAAACGACGCCCGUGAAGGUGAGGGUUAUGGCAACGUCGGGAUAUACGAGGAUGACGAAGGGGUUGAUUGA